AUGCAUUUAUCCGCAUUCUCUCAACUCUUUGCCAUCCUCGCUCUCAGCGCUACGGUCCUGAGCGCCCCGCUGCCGGCGUCUUCGAUCAGCACGGCUGGUGGCCACCCCGGUGGUCCUCGCGCCGCCGCCGCCUGCCCGGCCCGAAAGCUCCAUACACGCGCAACACCGUCAGGUUCCGACUGGGGAUACGAAGCUGUGCAGAGCGGUGAAAAUCAACUUGAUGCCCGGCCACCAGCUUCCGAAGGUGAAACUCAAAGUCCGACAGGUGUGCGUCAAAAGGAUUUCAGGCAUGGUAGGCGACGCCCAGGGCAUGGCGGAUGGAGACAAAAGAAGGACAACAAUGAGAAUGACAAGCGCAUCAGGAAGAUGUUGGAGGGGAACAUAACGAAGCAGAGGAAAAAGGCGGAAGAGACUGAAAAAAUGCAAAGGCUGGAGUCUCAUAGAUUGAAAAAGUUCCACAAGGAAAUGGACAGAAUGAGCCCCGAUAACGACAUCUAA